UCGCUUUUUGAAACACAACACGGAAGGAAGAUUGUUGUUGAGUGGAACAGAAGUGUUUACGAGUUCAGAAAGAACCUUAUCGCCAAGACGCAGGUAAGAAAAAGAUAAAUCUGCCAUUACCUGUAAUGUUUAAAUGGAAGUGAAAGAGGAGACGUGUGAGGCUGACCUGAAUAUCAUGGAGGAGAGGACCGUAAAUGUUAAGGAGGAGGACUGUGAGUGGGAGAGUGUCCACCCUAAACAGGAGGGUCUGGACAUCAAGGAAGAGGACAGUGAACUGAGGUCAGUGAGCUUUAAAGAUGAGGAUGAAGAUGAGUGUGUCAGCACUGAGAUACACCACUAUAGAAGUAUGGAGAGUGUCAAGGAAGAUGACCUUCAUUAUGGACAUCAAGAUAUAGCAGUGACUGAGUUAGUCUCUUCUCAUAGUAGACACUCUUCAUCUCCGGAGUCAUCUAUUAAUGUAAAAUAUGAAUCAUUACAGUCUGACACAAAGGGGACUGAAGGAAUUUCAUCUCCUAGAACUGAGGAAGGCCAGACACCACCUAAGAUGUCAUCGGAAACAAGUAUCAGACUUCACUGCUGUUCUGAAUGUGGCAAAGAGUUUUCACAAAGACACAGCCUUUUGACUCACAAAAGAAUUCACACAGGGGAGAAGCCGUAUUGUUGCCCUGAAUGUGGAAAACAGUUUUCACAGAGAAGCUAUCUUCAGGUCCACAAAAGAAUUCACACAGGGCAGAAGCCAUAUUGCUGUUCUGAAUGUGGCAAACAGUUUUCACAAAGACACAGCCUUUUGACUCACAAAAGAAUUCACACAGGGGAGAAGCCAUAUUGCUGCACUGACUGUGGCAAAGAGUUUUCACUAAGGAACAGCCUUUUAACUCACAAAAGAAUUCACACAGGUGAGAAGCCAUAUUGUUGCACUGACUGUGGCAAAGAGUUUUCACUAAGGCACAGCCUUUUAACUCACAAAAGAAUUCACACAGGUGAGAAGCCAUAUUGCUGUUCUGAAUGUGGCAAACAGUUUACACAAAGAAACCAACUUCAGUGCCAUGAAACAAUUCACACAGGGGAGAAACCAUAUUGUUGUUCUGAAUGUGGCAAACAGUUUUCACUAAGGCACAACCUUAUGACUCACAAAAGAAAUCACACAGGAGAGAAGCCAUAUUGCUGUACUGAAUGUGGCAAACAGUUUUCAUGGAGAAGCUAUCUUCAGAAACACCGAAGAAUUCACACAGGGGAGCAGUCAUAUGACUGUUUUGAAAGUGGUAAACAGUUUUCAGAAAGAAGCCAACUUCAGUGCAACAAAAUAAUUCACACAGGAGAGAAGCCGUAUUGCUGUUCUGAAUGUGGCAAGCAAUUUUCACGAAGAAGCAACCUUUCGAUUCAUAAAAGAGUUCACACAGGAGAAAAGCCAUAUUGCUGCCCUGAAUGUGGGAAACGAUUCUGUCACCGUAGUACUCUUCAGACACACAUUAAAAUUCACACAGGAGAGAAGCCGUAUUGCUGUUUUGAAUGUGGCAAUACGUUUUCACGGAAAAGCAGUCUUCAGAGGCACCAAAGAAAUCACAUAAUGGAGAAGCCAUAUUGCUGAACGUGGCAAACAGUUUUCACAAAGUAACGAACUUCAGUGCCACAAAGGAAUUCACACUGGGGAAAAGCAGUUUGGCUGUAGUAAAUGUGGCAAACUCUUCAAGAAAACAUACUUUUCUGAUCCACCAAAGAAUUCACACAGAAGCAGCUUAAUUGCAGCCCUGAAUGUGGAAAACCAGUUUUAUGUACAGUAGAUACCAUCUUGAGCUCGCCACAAGAGAGAAAUGUGUUUGAGUUAAACAAACACAACAAAGUAAUAUUCAUUAAUGGAAAAUUGAAAUCGGCCUUGUUGAAGAUUAUCCAAUAAGAGAACUUGACCAAGAGGGGACUUGAUUAAUAAUUCGGAAUUGAUGAGGGUGCAGAUGUAAACCAUAAAGAGCAGAGAUUGAAGAUCAGCAGUGAAUACACAAAAAGGGUAAAAAUUAUCCUUAAAUGUUCCUUAAUGGUGAGGAACAACAGUUAAUCAGCUAGUAAAAUACGUCAUCUUAUACAGCUUUUCGAUCAUAGACUGGCUGCAGAAAGACCUCAACAGUCUGGAUGUAGAAACAAGGUCCUUCAUGCCAACCAACUAAUGU